UAUAAGAGGCUUUGCAACCACGCCCAUCUCUAACUAGCAAGAGUAGGCCCAUUUGUUGCCUCAUCUUCCAAUCCUACAUAAUUCUUCCAAGAUGCGUUCAUCUUCAGUCUUGAGCAUUGCCCUCUUCGCGGCCUUGGGUCUUGCUGCUCCUUCCCAUAAUGGACCUGGAUCUCCUGCAUCCAUCAAGAACUUGAAGGAGAAGGUCAAGAAUGUUGUCCACAUCGUCAUGGAGAACCGCUCCUUUGACAACUUGGUAGGUGGCCAGACCUUCACCAAGCACAUUGACACUCCUGCCAACAGCGGCCCCUUCUGCAACAAGGUCAACACCACGGACCCUCACUCCCAGACCUUCUGCACCCGGCCCAAGGAUUUCGAUUCGAUCAAGGAUGACCCGGAUCACUCUGUUCACGGCAACAACUUCCAGUUAUACGGCACAUUCCACCCGAAUAACGCGGACGUUGAGUCAGGAAAGCUGAUUGCUAACAACAAGGGCUACUUGGAGCAGCAUUUGCGUUCCCACCCCAAGCUCACUGAUGUGGACUACGCUGCCAGAGAAGUGAUGGGGUAUUACACCCCGGAUCAGGUGCCUGUCGUCACUGAGCUCUGCAAGGAGUUUGUGACCUUCGACAAAUGGCACUCUUGCGUCCCAGGUCCUACCAACCCCAACCGCAUGUGCAUCCACACCGGUACCUCCGGCGGCCGCGGCAUCAACGACAAGACCUUUGACCAGUCAACUAUCACCGAGCGGAGUCUCUUCGAGCAGCUCUCUUCCCAGAACAUUACAUGGAUGAACUACGAUGGCACAAACGGAGCCUUCAACUCUGACGCCAAGUUCUACAAGUGGACCAUCGCUAACGGCAAGGACAAGACCAACGUCAGGCCCCUCGAGAGCUUCUUCCAGGACGCCUACCUCGGAAAGCUCCCGCAAUACACCUUCAUCAACCCCUCCUGCUGCGGCCUCGACACCAACUCCAUGCACCCUACCGGUCCCAUCUCCACCGGCGAGGUUUUGCUCAAGCAGGUCUACGAUGCUGUCCGCAACUCCCCACAAUGGGACAACAUGCUCCUCGUCAUCACCUUCGACGAGGCCGGUGGUUUCUACGACCACAGCGCCCCACCUAAGGCAGUUCGCCCUGACAACCUGACUUACACUGAGGCCACCCCCGACGGAAGCACAUACACCCUCAACUUCGACCGCUACGGUGGCCGCAUCCCUACCUGGAUCGUUUCCCCUUACCUGACGAAGGGACACGUUGAGCACAAGGGCGUCAACAGCGCUGGCCAGACUGAGGUCUACAGCGCUACCUCGGUGCUCCGAACCCUCGGUUAUCUUUGGGACUUUGCGCCGUUCACUCCCCGUGUUGAGGCGUCGCCAUCGUUUGACCAUCUUUUCCAGAAGUGUAAGAACAAAGCCGCCCCCAAGUUGAUGCCUAACCCGCGCGUGUUCUAGAGGGAGCGGACACGGAGGAAAUAAAUAUUUAUAUUUAGACCAGUGAUAAUAUA